UAUCUUUUCUCUUCUGCCGUGCUUUGCGCAUGUGUGACUGUCAACAAGCGUAUGUGACGGAGUAUACGAUACCACAAGAUAGGCUGCAUUCCGAUGUUCGUUGUACUGGGAAAUCUAUAGCACAUGUGAAAUAUAGAUUUUUAGUACCGGCAGUGAAUAUCAUCGGAACGCCACAAAAUGAGAGACGUCAGAUCAGGUUGGGUGGACUAAACACAACAAUCCAUUUGGAAAGAGUGCAGUUACAGUAAUCGCGUGACGAUCGUGACAUGUGAUAGAUUUGGUUGUUCAAAAGAUCUCAUUUUGUUUACGAUGCUCUGUCCGGAAACAUGGAAUUUCAAACCAGCGCAACAUUGUUUUUCUAUAGAUAGAAGAGACAUUGAAAAAGAUGUGAUUCCGGAAGUGAUUAAAACGCAUUACUUCAAUCAUUCGAUAUCUGUGGUGCUUCCCGACACAGUCAUUGUUCCGGAUAGUUUACGAAAUUGUUUGUCAGAAGAUACGGAGUAUUAUCGAAUAAAUGCGCUUCGCGUUUGUGAUCUUUUAAAAAGAGAAUUUAUUGAAGCUUUCGUUAAAAAUGGGGAGGUCAGUAUCCUAACAAUAGACAAUAAAAUAGAUUUGCAAAAUUCGAUCUGUGUAACUCCAAGUGGACAUUUGGUACUUUCUUUAUUAACUGAAGAUUAUCAAGCUCUUGGGUUAGAAGGAAAACCUUCUUGUUUUGAUUAUAAGCCUCAUACACGUUACAUAGUGAGAAUUGACUUGACAAACGAAACUUUCGUUCCUGGUAAGAAAAAUUACGAAAGAGUUCGAGUUGCAUUAGAAGAGAGACUCAAACAGAACUUUGAUGUUAUACUAUCAUGGGAUCCACCAGAUACCAAAAUAUGUCCAUCAUCUAUAGCAGCAUGGUUUUACACACACAAUUACAGUGUUUGUCUUUGUCAUCAAAAGUUUUCACAAAAAAUUGAAUAUUCAUUAACAAUACCAGUUCUUCAAGAAGAAUCUAAUAUUGAUAGAUUCUUUGAAUGGCUUGGAGUCUUUAGUGUCGGUGAUAUUCAAUUUAAUGAAGAAACUGAUGAUUAUGUGACCACAUAUAAAUGCCCUUCUCCUUCUAUGUACAUUGGACAGAUGCAGCAUUUAAAAUAUACCGGUUUCUUUACACGUAAAAAGGUGGAGGAAAUAUAUUAUGCGUUAAAAGAAUAUGCACUGUCGCGAAAUGCUUUGCCGUGGGUCAGUUUAGACGUACAGGGAUUUGCAGACAGUCCUGUAAGUUGGAAUUUGAAAGAACACACAUUCUUCACAGAUGGAGACAACAGUUACACCGUCGUAUUUCGACCUAGAGAAUGUAUCAUACGCAAAAGUUUAAGUUCCAACAACAGACCAAAACCGUGACAGAUUUUUCUUUUUGUUAAAUUCGAUUCGUAUAGAAUAAGGAAUCGGAUUUAAGGAAGUCACCUGAAACGAAUCAUUAAUUAACAGGCUAUGAGAUUUAUAUCAUAAGUUAUUUUAUUUCGUAGAGGAUUAUUAGCUAUAACAAUAGCUAUGUCAUCAUGCAUAUUUUUUUACUGAUUUAAUUAUAUAAUAAAAUAUCAUCUUAUUAUUAAUGCGAUAAAUUUCUACUGUAAAAAGACAAGAGGUGCAACGAAAAACGACAGAUGUGAAACAUGUAUGUCUAGUUAUUUUCUAGAAAACGUGAAAAAAACGUGUAUAUUAAAGAAGCUUGUAUAUAUAUUUUAUUGCAAAAACACUUGGUGUAUGUAAUAAAAAAAAUAUGUCAGUAUUAUUAUACAUAUUGGUAUUAGACGUAUUAACGUCAUUAAUGAUAUUAAUGGUCAUAUCAUUUUUUAUACCAUUCAAAUUAGGAGUAAUAUUGUUACUUGUACUAAAACUUUUUCUUUUUUUUCUUACAUUGUUAAAGAUAAUUCAUAACUAUUCUUUGAUAUAUUUCGAAUUAUUUCUUUAUUAUCAGAUAGAAGAGUUUUUAGUUGACUUAUUUUAUGAAUUAUUAGAUGAAUUAGAAAGGAUAGACUUAAAUGAUCUUAAAAUGAUUACUAGAUUUAUUUAAUAUUUUUAUAUCACCACUUGUCUUUUUUUUUUAUUACUGAUAUUGACAAUAUAAAUACUACAAGACUUCUAUAAUAAAUACUAAAUUUUAUCACAUAUAUUAUGCUAUUCUGACUGCCUGAAGCCUACCACAUAAUAAAAGAGAUCAGAUUAGAUUCAAUUAAAUACUAUUAAUUAAUCUUGCAACGCAAUAGAACAAUAUAAUCAGUAUAAGGCUGACAUUGUAAAAAUAACUGACUUUGUAUAAAUAAAUUAAUAUAUAUAUAUAUAUAUAUAUAUAUAUAAAAAUAAAAGGCACUAAAGUACUCGACUAUGAGAUCAAAGCAGUCUAUAUCGUGUAUAAUUAUAAUAAAAUCUUCGAUUGUAAGCAGGCAUAAUCUUCGUAAAUAUAGUAGCAAACAUCUUUUUUUUUUUUUUUAUAU